GCUCUCCAACCUCGGAAGUAAACCGUUUCUGACCGAGCGAGUUCCUGGGUGUUUUUGAUUUUGUGAGUCGUGUUACUGCAUAACUCAUCAUUUAAAAAAGAAUUUGCAUCCUAAACGGGAAAUCUUCGUGCAUUUGGGCCAUCUGAAUGCUGAGCGUGCGGGCUCUCUUUGGCAUCGGCUUCCUGGUGACCUCACGGGCCGCGGCGGUCUUUGCUCAAACGGGGAAAUGCACGCUGUCUCCUUUUGCUAAGACCCACCAGGACUGUUACAGUAGCAGAGCAGCUUCCGGCAUGGCCCAGAGCAUCAAAUACCUCGGCCAGGAGGAGGCCCAGCACAUUGAUGAGGAGCUAUUCAAUGAGUACGGCUUCAGCGUGGACCAGCUGAUGGAGCUCGCCGGGCUGAGCUGUGCUACGGCCAUCACGAGGGCGUAUCCGCUGAGCUGCUUGGUCAAGCCCAAACCCACGGUUCUGGUGAUAUGUGGACCGGGUAACAAUGGAGGUGAUGGCCUGGUCUGUGCCAGACAUCUGAAACUAUUUGGUUACGAGCCCAGCAUCCUCUACCCGAAAAGGCCGAAUAAACCACUGUUUCACGGUUUAACCACCCAGUGCCAGAAAAUGGAGAUCCCCUUUCUUACAGAGAUGCCUGAGGCCCGAUUGAUUGAUGAGGCGUUCAACCUGGUGAUAGACGCCAUCUUUGGAUUCAGCUUUAAGGGGGCGGUGCGAGAGCCUUUUGGUUCCAUCAUCGAUGUCCUGAAAAAGAUCACUGUCCCCAUUGCCAGCAUCGACAUCCCCUCAGGUUGGGAUGUGGAGCAGGGGAGCGCCGACGGAUUGCAGCCCGACACGCUCAUCUCUCUGACCGCUCCCAAGAACUCUGCCGCCCUUUUCAAGGGGCGCCAUCACUUCCUGGGAGGCCGCUUUGUCCCACCAGCCCUUGAGAAGAAGUACCAGCUCAAUCUGCCCCGCUACCCCGACACGGAUUGCGUAUUAAAAUUGUAAGAGGAAAGAUUUGCCGACAGCUUGAAUUUGCUUCAUUUUCCCUUGAAAUCUUUGCUUUUUUUUCUGGUUCGCAUCAACUAUCAACUGCUAUGCGUCACUGGUGUCAAACGCAAGGCCCGGGGCCCAGAUGCGGCCCGGCACAUGAUUUUAUGUGGCCCGCAACGGCAAAUCACGUGUAUCAACUUCCUUUAUUUUUGGUUAAAUCUGUAUCAAAAUUUCAAAUUGUCAUCUCAGAAAAUGAUGACAAGAUAUUGCAAGAAUUUUUGUGUUACUGAACGUCAACAAUAGUUGAAAAACCCAUUUUCACUUGAUUUCUGAAUCCAAAGCUAGUUGAUCAAUUUAAUGUGUAAAUAUGAUGGGUCAAUUCAAGAUUUUCAUGGUUUGUGUCAUAACGGACCUCUGACAGAAACUACAAUGUGGCCUGUGAUAAAAAUGAGUUUGACACCUCCUGCUUUGUGUGAUCCUAACAUGCUUUAUGAUACUCCGGUUGCUGUGGCUAUAUGGAAA